AUGACGAUAACCUCCGAAUUGGACCGUGAAGACCGCGAGGAUGCCCCGUUUCUACGUUCUGAUCCCAACCUCGACGCAUCCACUUCCUCACACCACCACCUGCCUCAAUCCAGUCACCAUGCCCCCGAGAAGCCCUCGCGGCCAUCCGGCGCCAACGAGGCCGCGAGUGCGUCGGUCAGUAAGAUCACCGUGCGGUUAAAACUCACUCUCUUUGCUAUGGUCCUCGCCGUCGAAAUCGGCUUUGCGUUCCUGGAAGGUCCCAUGGUCCGGAUCAUGGAAGACAUCGCCUGUCGGCAGUACUUUCUCGAAGCAGAUCCCAGCAAGAUAGGUGCCAAUGGCCACGUCCCCGAGGAAAUGUGCAAAUUGGCCGAGAUUCAGGCCGAAUUGGCGGCCGUCAAGGGGUAUCAUAUGUUCUUCGAUGGCCUCUUAAGCGCCUUGAUGGCGUUCCCGUACGGUCUGCUGGCGGACCGUCGUGGCCGAAAAUCAACUCUCAUCCUCGGUGUGCCGGGAUUCUUCCUCAACUCCCUCAUCACCAUCGUCGUCUUGUGGUUCUCUAAUGUCCUUCCACUGCGUGCCGUAUGGCUCUCUUCGUUGGCGUGGUUAAUUGGCGGCGGUCCCGUGGUGGCAUUCGCCAUUAUUUGGACCAUGAUGGCCGAUGUCACCAACGAGGCGGAAAGAGCUGGACUGUUUUUUCAAUUCGCCAUUGUUUCCAUGGGCACGGAUUUCGUGUCGAGUACUCUGGCAUCCUGGUUGAUGACGAUGGACCCCUGGGCUCCCCUCAUCAUUGGAUAUGCGAUCGUGACGGGUGGUCUUUUGUUCAUCUUCGUUCUGCCCGAGACUAAGCACGCCCUCGCCUCGACCUCCGCCCCGCCGGCCCAUCUGGAGCUCUCCGAAAUGGCGGAAGUGUCCAACGAGCCGAAGCAUGCCUUCCAGAAGCCCGAAGAGGCUGCUCUGUACCACGAUGAAAGUGAUCUCGACCCCAUUGAGGAGGACCAUCACGACACUCAUCUAUCCUGGAGCUACCCAACCUCACAACGCUCAUCGCUCUGGGCCAGGGCCCGGGCCAACUACACCUUCUACAUGAAACCGUACUUUUUCAUCCUCAACCGCAAGCCGGUGCUCUUGCUUUUGACAGCCUUCCUCGUCUACCGUCUCAGUCGCGGCUCCUCCUGGUUUCUGACGCAGUAUAUAUCCACGCGAUACCACUGGACCCUGGCGCAGGCCAAUAUGCUGGUGGCCUCUCGCCCUACCAUCUCCAUCCCCAUUUUCCUCUGGGGUCUCCCUUACAUGAAGAAAUACGUGCUCGGCCCGCGGCGCUCAGCCACGGAGAAAGAUCUGUGGCUAGCGCGAGCGAGCAUCUUUUGUUUUACUCUGGGCACCUUCGGCAUCAGCCUGUCCCCGUCCGUGGCCACCCUCAUUCCGAGUAUGAUUGUGCAAACCUCCGGAUCGGGCUUUGUCUUUCUCACUCGCUCAAUCAUCACCACCCUCGUGGAGCGGGACGAGACCGCCCGUCUCUACACGGUCAUUGAAAUUAUCCAGUCCUUUGGCAACGUGGUAGCGAGUCUGGCCAUCACCAAGGUCUUUCAGCUGGGUCUCCACAUGGGUGGGUUCUGGAUCGGAUUGGCGUGGAUGAUGACCAGUCUCUUAUUUUGCAUGGUGGCCGUCGCUCUGUGGUUCUUCCGGCUGCCCCCCAGUCCACCAACACCGGAGUUUGUGAUUGAAGAUUUCGACGAGACCGAAUAG